AUUUAAAGCUAAUGGAGUGAGAGUUGUGUUUCUUGGAAUUCGAUGAUCAAAACAGGGUUCCAAAAUGCUUAAAAAAUUGUGGUCAUACUUUCUGUGAGAGAUGCAUAAUGGCUAUGUGGAAGAAUUUUAAAAUUACAUGCCCACUCUGUAGAACUGUGAUGAAAAUAGAUUCUCCGAAGGAUAUCCCCUGUACAAACUACAGUUUGUAUAUUCUAAGUGACCAUAUUAAGGGAAAGGAGAAAUUGAAGAUGAUGCAAGAGAAAUACCAAGCUGAAGACCCCUUGAUGUUUUAUAAUGUAAAAGAACAAAUUGGGGACCUCCAGCUCACCAAAAUCACAGAUGAGGAACUGGUCUAUGUGAAGAAAAAUAAUGAAGAGGAAAUUCGGCGUGAAAGAGUCGACAAACUUAAAGUUAAACCAGUCAAAGAUUGCUAUGUCUUUACAACGGACUCUUAUCUCAGCCAAUUUUUGUACCCACAUAUUGCCAGAACCCGGUUUAGAUUUCUGACUAAAAAGCUUUCGCUCUGAACUCAUAAGUACUCAUGCUUUGAGAGAUGAGUAAGAAUUUGUGUCAAAACCUUUGGAGGCUACAGCUUAUACAAGAUUAUCAGGUUCUGGGGCCAUGAGGCAAAGGAAGGUGAAGAUCCUCCAAACGAGAGUAUAUUUGACCUCUAUGGAUUAAUUCUACUGCUUCUCACAGGUGUAUACCUAUACGAUAGUUGCAUGCAUUCCCUUAUUUUCAACUAUAAAGACCGCAAGAAGAGACUUGGACAAUUGUAGG